GCCACCAACAAACACACACAAACAGAGACACCUGUACACACACACAGACAUGUACAUACACACACAGAAACAUGUACACACACGCACAGAGAGACAUGUACAAACACACACAUACAGACACAUGUAUACACACACAGACACGUACAGACAUGCAUACACACAGACACAUGUACAUACAUGCACAGACACAUGUACAUACAAACACAGACACAUGUACAUACAUACACACAAUAAACACAAACACACACACACACACAUGUACAUACACACACAGACACAUGUACACACACACAUACAUGUACAUACACGCAGACAAUUGUACAUGCAUACACAGACACACACAAACACACACACACAUGUACACGUACACACACACCACCACCCCACCCCCCAUAAAAAGUUGCAGUACUUCGUUGUUCACUCACAGAUCUGGGUACUGCACUCUAAGGGGAGGCAGAGAGCACAGCACACACUCCUUGCUUUGCUUUCACUGCGCGCAGCUAUUGAGCAGUCUGACGGCUCCCAGUGCCAAUGACAGAUCCAGCCUGAGCUCCGAGUCUGCUCAGCAAGACGGCCCUGGGGGACACACUUGCCCCCACCAUAAUUUCCACUCGCCAUUGGUGAGCAGGCGAGUGGAAAUUUCAAGC